AUGAUUUGGAGCUGCGUUAUUGUUCAGUUGACCCUCGCUUGCAUGAGUCAAGGGCUCGGCAGACGAGCUACUGUUCUGCCAGCUCCGGUGGUGGUAUCCCCAAGCCAAUUCUUUGAAGGAAGUGAUGGCCCGUGGUCUUCCUUUGAGUUGAGAAUUGGCAGUCCCUCCCAAAAUGUUCGGUUCUUCCCAGGCUCAUCGUCCACUUCGACCGUAGUGGUUGUGCCAGAGGGCUGCCAAAAUGAGGGAAGUGACUGUGCAUCUACAAGAGGAGGAAUCUUCACCCCCAAUUCGUCAACGAGUUGGAGCUCUAUUGGUAGUUAUGGGUUAGAGUUCGAGCAAAGUCUUGGCUACUCGGAUUCUGCAGAAUUUGGAUUCGACUCAGUUGGACUUGGGUACCAAGGAAGUGGAGGUCCAACAGUCAAUCACUCAGUCGUAGCAGGCGUUGCUGGGAGUUAUACUGCAGGCGCUCUAUAUCGUUUAAAACAAGUCCUCGGAAGCUUGACCCUCGGAGGAUAUGAUAGUUCGAGAUUUGCUGCUUUAAAUUCGAAUCUGUCUUUUGGUUUCGGAAGCGACCAGACUCGUGACUUAACUGUUGGCUUGCAAUCUAUCACGACCAAUGCAACAGGAAAUGAUAUAGAGCUAUUAGCUAGUGGGAUCAACAUUUUUAUUGAUACCUCAGUCGCCCAACUCUAUCUUCCGUCGGCCGCCUGCCAAGCUUUCGAGUUGGCCUUCGGACUGACAUACAACACCACAGUGGGAUUAUACCUCAUCAACGAGACACUGCAUAACUUAUUAGUUUCUCAGAACCCGAUAGUAAGUUUCACAAUUGGGAACACAGCCAGUGGAGGACCAACAACAAGCAUCACACUACCAUACGCAAGCUUUGAUCUCCAAGCUACUUAUCCGCUCGUGGACGGCAACUCCUCACGAUAUUUUCCUCUUCAACGAGCUGCAAAUGAGACACAGUAUACUCUCGGAAGAAUAUUUAUGCAAGAAGCAUAUCUGACAGUUGAUUAUGAAAGGGGCAAUUUCUCUGUUAGCCCAUGCGUUUGGGACGCCAAUUUUGGGGAGCAUAUUAUUACUAUCUUUUCCUCUAAUACAACUUUGAGCAAUGGCACGUCACUCGGAGGAACAAUAUCUGUCACAGGUUUCGGCGGAGGAGCAAUAGCUGGUGCAGUCAUUGGAUCUUUGAUAUGUGUGGCAUUGAUUGCAGGAGGCUUUUGGUAUUUCAUCAUCAGACCUCGAGCGAGCCACAAUAUAUCGCAAGAAGAAGACCUGGACUCUCGAAAAGAAGGUGCGGCUGAAGUCGGUGGGACAGAGAAACCUAUAGUUGGGGAAGUUGAAGGACAGAACGAAUUCACGCAUCAUGAAGCGGAAGGAGAUUCAGCUUUUAAUAUGGAAAAGUCGACGUUUGGCAAAGCAGAAUUGCAUUCUCCUGGAGAAAUUUCGGAAUUGAGAAGUCCGAUGUCAGAGACUUCCGAGUUAAUGGGUACUCCGAUCCACGAAAUGCCCGGAAGUGAUGUGCCGGAAAUGAUGGCAGCAUGA